GUCGAAAAGCAUAGGAAAAAAAGAAAAGAAACUAUAACAGCUCAUACCACACAACACGUGCUAAGUUAUAACUCAUUCUCCUCCAUACUAAUUGUAGUUUGGUUAAACUUAUCAUUAUCACCUUCAAAUUCACUUCUGGGUUCGAUACUUCUUCUUGUUAAAGCACUCAAACAAGAAUUUUUCCAGCUAUGAACUUUCCAACUCCAACUCAUGCCACGUCAUCGCCUUCUACUUCUUCUUCCUCCUAUACACUCAACCACGCUUCUCCUAAUUUCAACCGUCCUCCGCUGUCGCCACAGGCAAUCUGUACCUCUCAAAAAAAGUCCUUAUGCUCUGGAGCUCAUGUGGAGGCUUCUGUUAACUCUAAUCCUGUGAAAAAUUACAUAGCAGCUAGUUUUUCUUCACUGCGAUCUGAAGCAAAACCCCUGGUUUCCAAACAAUCACUCAAAAAGCGCAUGUUUUCAGUGGGAGCUUUAGUAGCUCGAACAGAUCAGGAUGUUUCUGAUGCAACUCUUACAUCUGAUGAUAAGAUUGGAGUGUUAUUGCUAAACCUUGGAGGUCCAGAGACUCUAGAAGAUGUGCAACCUUUUUUAUUUAACCUUUUUGCAGACCCGGAUAUUAUACGAUUGCCAAGAAUAUUUAGUUUUCUUCAAAAGCCAUUGGCCCAGUUUGUAUCUGUUCUAAGGGCCCCAAAGAGCAGAGAAGGCUACGCUUCAAUUGGUGGUGGUUCUCCUCUUAGACGUAUAACUGAUGCACAGGCUGAAGACUUGAAGAAAUCUCUUUUGGAAAAGAAUGUCCCUGCUGAAGUGUACGUUGGCAUGCGUUACUGGCAUCCAUUCACUGAGGAAGCUAUUGAACAGAUUAAAAAGGAUGGAGUUACAAAGCUGGUCGUUCUCCCACUUUAUCCACAAUUUUCAAUAUCAACCAGUGGCUCAAGCUUACGUCUACUGGAGAGUAUAUUCCGAGAGGAUGAGUAUCUAGUCAACAUGCAACACACAGUAUUACCUUCAUGGUAUCAACGUGAAGGAUACAUAAAGGCCAUGUCAAAUUUAAUUGAAAAAGAACUGAAGAGUUUUGACUGCCCUAAAGAGGUCAUGAUAUUUUUUAGUGCACAUGGGGUGCCUCUUGCUUAUGUGGAAGAGGCCGGUGAUCCUUACAAGGCAGAGAUGGAGGAAUGUGUGGAUUUGAUCAUGGAAGAGCUUGAGACAAGAAAGAUAAGAAAUCCCUUCACCCUUGCCUAUCAGAGUAGAGUUGGACCUGUGGAAUGGUUAAAACCCUACACAGAUGAGACAAUAGUUGAACUUGGAAAAAAAGGAGUGAAAAGUAUGUUGGCUGUUCCAAUUAGCUUUGUCAGUGAACAUAUUGAAACUCUAGAAGAAAUUGAUGUUGAAUACAAAGAAUUGGCUCUAGAAUCUGGUAUAGAAAAUUGGGGCCGCGUUCCUGCUCUAGGAUGUGAACCCUCGUUCAUUUCUGAUUUGGCAGAUGCUGUUAUUGAAAGUCUCCCAUAUGCUGGUGCCAUGGCAGUUUCAAGCCUUGAAGCUCGACAGUCUUUGGUUCCGCUCGGAAGUGUACAAGAGUUAUUGGCAGCAUAUGACUCGCAAAAUAGGGAGUUGCCAUCGCCGGUGAUAGUGUGGGAGUGGGGUUUGACAAAAAGUGCUGAAACUUGGAAUGGAAGAGCAGCUAUGUUAGCUGUGCUGCUGCUUUUGUUUUUUGAAGUCACGACACCUGAUAGUGUUUUUCACCAAUGGGGAAUAUUAUCGCCCUCUCUUAGGUGAAUGAAUCUCAACCAUGCUCUCAAAGACCGUGGAGUUCAUAGUUUCACUUCAAUUUUGAUCCUUCAGUAUAAAAGUUUUUAAUAACACUGCCAUCAAGUCAUGCCCUUGCACAAUAUUGAAAUUUUGAGGGGUUGUAUUAAGUGGUUUGACAAGUCUAAGUAAUUUUUUUAUUGUAUCUAGAUGACAUAAUCAAUAAUGAUGUGAUGGUGUUAUUAUGUCAAUUGAUCCAUAUAGUAAAUAAGUGAAUUCUACUUA